AUGUCCCACGACUCCCCGCUGCCCGCGACAGCCCGGUCCUCCCUCUUCGAGAAACCAGACGUCCAAAUCAUCAACGUCGUCGACGAGGAGCUCGUCGUAGAGAAACCCCCCCCGGGCCACAUCGCUGAAGAUGACCUCUCAGAUGAGCAAAAGAAGGAGGAAGCACGUGCCAUCCGCAAAGUCGACUGGCGUCUCAUUCCCAUCCUCGGCGGCCUCUACUCCAUCGCCGGGCUUGACCGCGUCAACCUCUCAAACGCGCGCGUGGCCGGCAUGAACGAGGACCUGCACUUCGACGUCGGGAACCGCUACUCGAUCGCGCUGCUCGUCUUCUUCGUGACUUAUUUCCUGUUCGAGCUGCCGUCCACCCUAACAUUGCGGCCGAUUGGACCGAAGAUCCAGCUGAAUGCGCUGGCGUUCAGCUGGGGGGCUGUCAUGCUAGGAAUGGGAUUCGCGAACGAUUGGAGAGUGAUUGUGGUGUGUAGGAUUCUGAUUGGGAUCUUUGAGGCUGGGUUUCUGCCGUGUUGUAUGUUUUUGCUGUCGACGUGGUAUCAGCGGUAUGAGAUUCAGCAGCGCAUGGCGCUCUGGUACCUGAUCAACCUAUUCGUCUCCGCCUUUGGCAAUAUCUUAGCCUUCGCUCUCGUCAAGCUAGAUGGCUCGUAUGGCAUCGUAGGCUGGCGCUGGAUCUUCAUCAUCGAAGGCGUCGCAACAAUCGGCUUCUCCCUCGUCGGCUACUUCCUCGUGGUCGGCUUCCCCGACGUCCUCCUCGCCUCCAACGACCGCCGCGCCUUCACCACGGCCGAGCUCCUCACCGUCCUCAACCGCGUAUACGGCUUCAUGUUCAUGACCUCCUCGGCGCCCAUCUACGCUUUCGCCUACUUCAUCCAGACAAUCCUCAAGACCAUGGGCUACACCACCGCCAUCGUGUUCCUCCUCUGCGCGCCACCGUACCUGGUCUCCAUCCUCUGGACCGUCGGCAAUGCGUGGAUCGCGGACCGCACGCGGCUGCGGAUGCCGUGGAUGGUGCUGAACGCCGUCAUCACGCUGACGGGCCUGCUGCUGACGGCGUACUGCACGAACAACGGGAGCAACAAUGUGCGGUCGGAUAGCCGGCGGAGCAUGGCGAGCGGGAUCCAGUUUGUGUUUGCGGCGAUUGGCGGGAUCUAUGCGAGCACGACGUUCAUGCAGAAGGAGUAUCCGAGUUAUCGGACGGGCGUGUGGUGUGCGGUGGCGACGCAGGGGUUGUUGGUCGUGCUGGUUGGGGUCAUGACGUGGCAUUUUAGGGUAGUUAAUGGGAAGGCGGAUAGUGAGGGGUAUGUUAGUCAGGAGGAGAGGUUUAGGCAUACGUUUUAG